AUGGUUGCGCUGACGCUGGCGCCUGACACCGAUUUGAUAACGCGUGGCGCUGGCGUGCCAGUGGCUACGUACCAAUCGAUGGUUGAAUCUGAAGAUGAUCAGCAACCCGCAGAACGUAAAAAGCCGAAGCGCAAGGCUGCUGUACAAAGCGAUGACGAAGAUGAAGAAGAAGAAGAUGAUGAGGAACGCCUUCGAGAAGAAUUAAAAGAUCUAAUUGAUGAUGCUCCUAUUGAGGAGUCAGGGAGUGAUGGAGAGGACUCAGAUGCUAGUGUUGGACCAAAGAAAAGAAAGAAAAGUGAUGAUGAGUUGGAUGACAGAUUAGAAGAUGAAGAUUAUGAUCUCAUUGAGGAGAAUCUUGGAGUUAAAGUGGCUAGAAAUAAGUUCAAGCGUUUGAGACGCUUGGAAGAUGAUGACAGUGAUAAUGAGGGUGCUGAUGAUCCUGAUUUGGAGCGAGAGGUUAUUGCCGAAAAGCUUUUUGUUGGAGGUUCAGAUGAGGAGGAUGAGAACCGUUCAGAAUCCGCUGCACCCCGCGAAGUCGAGUAUGACGACGAGAAUGAGGAUAUGGAAUCUGACGCUGAUGAUUUCAUUGUCGAUGAUGACGGUCGUCCAAUAGCUGAACGUAAAAAGAAACGAAAGCCCAUAUUCACUGAUGCUUCACUACAAGAGGGUCAAGACAUUUUUGGCGUGGACUUUGAUUAUGACGAAUUUGAGAAAUACGGCGAGGAGGAUUAUGAAGACGAAGAAGAUGAAGAUCUUGAUGAGUACAUUGAAGAUGAAGAAGAGGAAGGAGAAAGAAGGAGAACCAAGAAAGGCAAAGCCAAGCGGCCAAGUAAAAAGUCUAUAUUUGAAAUUUAUGAACCCAGCGAAUUGAAGAGAAGCCAUUUCACUGAUUUGGAUAAUGAGAUACGUAAAACCGAUGUGCCUGAGAGAAUGCAGAUUCGUGAGGUGCCAAUAACACCUGUUGAGGAAGGUAGCACGGAAUUAGAGGAUGAGGCAGAAUGGAUAUAUAAGCAGGCAUUCCUAAAGCCGCCUGUCUCAAAGGCUGACACGCAAGAGGCGAGAGAAAGGUCUAGAAGAGGUUCAAGUACCGUUGUGAAAAUUCGCCAAGCUCUAGAUUUUAUGCGAAAUCAAACUUUGGAAGUUCCAUUUAUUGCUUUCUACCGAAAGGAAUAUGUCCAGCCCGAGCUUAGCAUUAAUGAUCUUUGGAAGGUCUAUAAAUAUGACGCCAAGUGGUGUCAGCUGAAACAGCGAAAAGAGAAUCUUCUUAAAUUGUUGGAAAAUAUGCGAGAAUUUCAAUUAGAUAAAGUAAUGGCAAAUCCUGAUGCGCCUAUACCGGAGAAUAUGCGCCUCGUCAGGGAUGAGGAUAUUGAGAGGUUGAAAAACGUACAAACUCCUGAGGAGCUCCGAGAUGUUCAUACUCACUUCCUGCUGUAUUACUCCAAUGAUUUGCCUGAGAUGCAGAAGGUGCAGCGGGCUAAAGAGAGGCAGAAGGAUUUAGAGGAGAGAAAGAGAGCGGCACGCGAGGAAGCUGAGAAGAAUGGUGAGGAGCCUGAAGAAGCGGCGGCCGCGGUGGAAGCGAGUUUGGCCGAGGAGGCCCCGCCCCCCGCCGACGUCAAGUACGCGGUGCGCUCUGGACCCUACGAGCUCUGCCGGAAAGCUGGCAUUGAGCCACUCGUGAAGAUGUUCGGUCUGACGCCGGAGCAGUUUGCCGAGAACGUUCGAGACAAUUACCAGCGGCACGAGGUCGAGCAGCCGGCCGUGCCGCCAUUGGAGGCGGCCGCGCCCUACAGCGGGGCGAGCGGCUCAGCGGCCGAGGUUGUCCGGCGCGCAGUGUACAUGUGCGGCGUGCAGUUGGCCCGCGAGCCGCUGCUACGCGGCGCGCUACGCGACGCGCUACGCGAGCGCGCUACGCUCUCGGUGCGGCCCACCGCGCGCGGCCUCAAGGAAAUCGACGAGAGCCAUGCCUGCUUCAGCAUGAAGUAUUUGAAAAAGAAACCAGUACGCGACCUCACGGGCGACCAGUUUCUUAAGCUGACAAUGGCCGCUGAGGACCGUCUGAUUGAGUUGAGCAUCAGUGAGCAGAUAGAGGGCAACACCAGCCCCAGCUAUCUGGAGGAGUUGAAACAGCUCUAUCAAAAGGACGAGUUCGCGGCGACGGUGCAGGCGUGGAACGAGCUGCGCGCGGAGGCGGUGGACCUGGCGCUCACCAAGAUCGUGAUGCCGGAGCUGCGCAGGGAGCUCCACGCGGUGCUGCUGCAGGAGGCCAAGGAGUUCGUGCUCAGGAGUUGUCGACGCCGUCUAUACGAUUGGUUAAAAGUGGCCCCUUACGAAUCCAGAGUUUCCGAUGACGACGACGAAGAAUGGGACACGUCAAACGGGCUGCGCGUGAUGUCGGUGGCGUACGUGCCGGAGCGGCAGCAGUGCGCGUUCGCGUGCGUGGUGGGCGGCGGCGGCGAGGUGGUGGACCACCUGCGGCUGCCGCACCUCAUGUGCCGCCGCAACGCAUGGGACGCGGCGGAGCGCCACAGCAAGGAGGCCGACAUGACGGCCAUCAGGCGGUUCAUACAGCGCAAGAAGCCCCACGUGGUGGUCAUCGGCGGCGAGUCCCGCGAGGCGCUGAACGUGAAGGCCGACAUAUCGGACUGCAUACAGAGGCUGGUGGAGGACGAACAGUUUCCCCGCAUCCCCAUCGAGAUCGCCGACAACCACAUAAGCAAGAUUUACAGCAACAGCAUACGGGGACGGAACGACUUUAGGGAAUAUCCCGAAAUGCUGCGUCAAGCCAUUUGCCAGGGGCGUCUCCUGCAAGAUCCGCUCAUGGAAAUCUCCCAGCUGUGCGGGCCAGACGAGGAAAUCCUCUGCCUCCGAUACCACCCGCUGCAAGACCAGAUCAGCAAGGAGGAGUUGCUCGACGGCAUCGAGCUCGAAUUCGUGAACCGCAUCAACGAAGUGGGCGUUGACGUGAACGAGGCGAUAUUGACGGGCCGCGGGACGGAGUUGCUUCAGUUCGUGUGCGGCUUAGGUCCUAGGAAGGCGCAAGCGCUGAUAAAGCUCUUCAGGCAAACCAACCAGAAGUUGGAGAACCGCACUCAGCUAGUGACGGUGUGCCACAUGGGGCCGAAGGUCUUCAUCAACUGUUCCGGCUUCAUCAAGAUCGACACGAGCAGCCUCGGCGACAGUACGGAGGCAUACAUCGAGGUCCUCGAUGGGUCUAGAGUGCAUCCCGAGACGUACGAGUGGGCCCGAAAGAUGGCGGUGGACGCUUUGGAAUACGAGGACGAGGAUAUGAAUCCGGCGGGCGCUUUGGAAGAGAUUCUAGAGGCGCCAGAAAGGCUCAAGGAUUUGGAUCUCGACGCGUUCGCCGAGGAGCUAGAGCGGCAGGGGUUCGGAAACAAGAGCAUAACGUUGUACGACAUACGGGCGGAAUUGAACUCUAGGUACAAGGACUUCAGGGUUCCGUAUCGGUCGCCAACCGCCGAAGAGUUGUUCGACAUGUUGACCAAAGAGACCCCGGAGAGCUUUUUCGUGGGCAAGAUGGUGCUGGCGACGGUCGUAGGUAUAACCCACAGAAAGCCACAAAGAGAGAUGCUGGACCAGGCGAAUCCCGUCAGGAACGAUGAGACUGGGCUAUGGGAGUGUCCCUUCUGUCACAAGAACGACUUCCCGGAAUUGUCUGAGGUAUGGAAUCACUUCGACGCGGGUGCGUGUCCCGGACAAGCGACCGGUGUCCGGAUAAGACUAGAUAAUGGCGUAUCCGGUUAUAUUCACAUAAAAAACCUAUCGGACCGGCAUGUCACCGAUCCGACUGAACGAGUGCGGAUAGGUCAGACUGUACACUGCCGUGUGUUAAAGAUAGACGUUGAGAGGUUUUCCGUCGACUGCACAUCGAAAUCGUCGGACUUAUUGGAUAAAAAUAAUGAAUGGAGACCGCCGAAAGACCCUUACUAUGACCAAGAAACUGAGGAUAAAGAUGUGCGCAAGGACAAAGAAGCCAAGCAAACCAAGGAGCGUAUGCAGUACGUUAAACGUGUUAUUGUCCAUCCGGCAUUCCAAAAUAUCUCGUUCGCCGAAGCUGAAAAGCUUAUGGAGAAUAUGGCUCAAGGAGAAGUUAUUGUACGGCCUAGCAGUAAGGGUUCAGACCAUUUAACAGUCACGUGGAAAGUAGCCGAAGGCAUUUGUCAGCAUAUCGAUGUGAGGGAGGAGGGUAAAGAAAAUGCUUUCUCACUGGGUCGAAGUCUCUGGAUUCAGGGCUCGGAGUUCGAGGACUUGGACGAAAUUAUCGCGCGUCACGUGACCCCUAUGGCGGGGCACGCCCGCGACCUGAUCUCCUACAAGUACUACAAGCCGCUCGGCGGCAUGAGGGACAAGGCCGAGGAGUGGCUCAAGGAGGAGAAGUCGAAGAACCCGAACAAGAUACACUACGUGAUGUCCGCCGCGAAGAACCACCCGGGGCGCUUCCUGCUCUCUUACCUGCCGCGCACGCGCUGCACGCACGAGUACAUAUCGGUGACGCCCGACGGGUACAAGUUCCGGCAGCGGAUGUUCGACUCGCUGGGCGGGCUGCUCAAGUGGUUCAAGGAGCACUUCCGCGACCCGCCGCCGUCGGGCACGCCGGCGCAGCGCACGCCCGCGGCGCGCACCCCGCACGGCCUCGCCUCCGCCAUGUACCACACGCCGGCCGCGCACACGCCCGCCUUCCACACGCCCGCGCACACGCCCGGCCCGGCGGGCUACAUCAACACGCCGUACACGCCCUCCGCCCAGACGCCGUACAUGACGCCGUUCGCGGCCACGCCCCGCCAGCCGGACUUCCUCGCGCCGGCCGUGCCGCGCCACAAGCCCGUGCAGGUGCCGCUCUACGCGGAGCCCUCCGACUGGCAGAAGGCGGCCGAGGACUGGGUGCGCCACAGGUCCGGCCGCGAGACGCCCGCCACGCCGCGCAGCAGCGAGGGCAUGUCCACGCCGCGACACGACGCGCGCACGCCGCGUCACGACUCGCGCACGCCGCGCCACGACUCGCGCACGCCGCGACACGAGUCCCGCACCCCGCGACACGAGUCACGCUCCCACGGCCACGGCCACGGCCACGGCCAUGGCCACGGCCAUGGCCACGACCGCAGCCACAGCCACAGCCACAGCCACAGCCACAGCUCGGGGCGCUCGUCGCGAUCGCAUUCCGUCCGCUCCACGCCGCACACCAACACAUCGCCGCGCUCGAUGUCCCUCGGCGACGCGACGCCGCUCUACGACGAGAAC